CAUCGCAAAACAUGCCAAGUCAGCAGCUCCCAGGCCCUGGGCAAAGUAUCGAUCUUGUGCUGAACCCCUUGAGGUCACUUUACCGACCUUCCACAGGAACAGGCCGCACAUUGAUCGCACGUCGUCACAAGUUCAUUGCUAUUUUUAUUGCGGUCUCAUUUCGACAACGCUUGAUAAUCACACCAUAGCAAAGUUGAGCGCCGUAGAACGACAAAUAUACAAGAAGUCAGCGGUCUAGAGAUUGCAAACCGCUCGAAUCUCAUCGGCUUCAUUUCCACUAGCAUAGGAUCGCACCCUCGACCGUCGAACAUGUCGAGCGACUCUCCACGAUCCACUGCCGUCGAGGCCUUGGCGACACUCGGCGCAGUCUUUUGGUCUAUACAGCUCCUUCCCCAGAUCUUUCUCAACUAUCGUCGACAAUCGACCGAAGGCCUUCACUCGUCCAUGAUGAUCCUCUGGGCACUCGCCGGACUGCCUCUUGGGAUCCACAACAUCCUGAGCGAGCAACAUAUAGCCUUGGUCGUCCAGGCACAAAUCUUGACGGGCCUUAGCUUGAUCACUUGGGCACAGACGAUGUAUUACGGCAAGAGAUGGAGCGCUAUACGAUGCACCUCGGUAACGUCCCUCUUGAUGAUCGGCUUUGGCGGUAUCGAGGCGGCUUUGGUCCUCGGGUUCAAGUACGGCGACGUUGGCGAAUCCUCUCGUCGCCGCUUCGUCCUGUCGAUGGCCAUUCUCUCUGCCAUCGGACUCGCUCUCGGGGUACUCAGACACUACUAUGACAUCUACCAAGAACGUACCGUUCGCGGGAUCAGCUGGGGUUUCGUGCUCCUAGAUGCCAUGGGAGAUCUCACAUCGCUGCUUGCUAUCGCCCUGCACGCCCCAAUCGACCCCGUCGCCGCGGUCAUCUACGCCACCGAGCUCGUCCUCUGGAUCGGCAUCAUGAUCGCUGGCUUGGGUUACAACCUGCCUCGUGCCAUCAAAAAGCACAAGGCCGCUCGACGGGGCGACCUGGAACCCCAACUUGCCUCGCUCGAACGAACGCAAUCGCCCGCCAGCUCGGUAUUCGGCGUCGUCCGAUCCAGAGCUCAUGAUCUGCCCACGUUUGGAAUGCGACGUCGAGCCGGGACGGGAGAGUGAAUGGGAGCCCCAGCUGUGGGCUUGGAGCUUGUAUCUCAUG